AGGCCCAGAGGCGGCGCGGACUGUCGUCACGCGAUGGCGCCCCCCGGGGAAGGACGUGACGCAGCCCUGCUCCCAGAAUUUCCCAGGGGACCCCUCGACACCUAUCGAGCAAGAGCGUCCUUCAGCUGGAAGGAGCUGGCGCUGUUCGCGGAAGGCGAGGACAUGCUCCGCUUUAAGAAAACCAUCUACUCAGCUCUUGAGAAUGACCCUCUUUUCGCCCGUUCCCCUGGAGCCCAUCUGUCCUUGGAGAAGUACCGUGAGCUGAACUUCCUCCGAUGCAAGCGGAUCUUCGAGUAUGACUUCCUCAGUGUGGGAGGCAUGUUCGAGAACCCGCUGAAAGUCUCCACCUUGACUCAGUGCCUGGGGAUGUAUGACUGGUCCCUGGCUGCCAAGUACCUCCUUCAUACCUUGGUUUUUGGAUCGGCGGUGUUCAGUUCUGGUUCUGAAAGACACUUUGCCUACAUUCAAAAGAUCUUCAGUAUGGAGAUCUUCGGAUGUUUUGCUCUGACCGAAUUAAGCCACGGCAGUAACGCCAAGGCCAUCCGCACGACUGCCCACUACAACCCUGCCACUGAGGAAUUCAUCAUACAUUCCCCUGAUUUCGAAGCUGCCAAGUUUUGGAUUGGCAACAUGGGCAAGACAGCCACUCACGCGGUGGUGUUUGCUCAGCUGUACGUGCCGGGGGGCCAGUGCCACGGGCUGCAUGCCUUUAUCAUACAGAUCCGGGACCCGAAGACCCUUCUUCCCAUGCCCGGAGUGAUGGUUGGCGACAUAGGGAAGAAACUCGGGCUGAACGGUCUGGAUAACGGAUUCGCUGUGUUCCACAAGGUCAGAGUUCCUCGCCAGAGCCUCCUGAACCGGAUGGGAGACAUCACCCCCGAGGGCACCUACGUCAGCCCCUUUAAGGACGCCAGGCAGCGCUUAGGAGCAUCCCUGGGGAGCUUGUCCUGGGGCCGGGUCGCCAUCAUGGGCAUGGCAGUCGCUAACUUGAAGCUGGCCGUGUCCAUCGCAGUUCGCUUCUCAGCUACUCGGCGUCAGUUUGGACCAACAGAGGACGAGGAAAUCCCAGUGCUUGAGUACCAGACACAGCAAUGGCGCUUGCUUCCGUAUCUGGCGGCUGCCUACGCCUUAGACCACUUCUCCAAGUCGCUCUUCCUGGACUUGGUGGAGUUCCAGCGAGGCCUUGCAGCGGGAGACCGCAGUGCCAGACAGGCAGAGCUCGGACGAGAGAUCCACGCUCUGGCAUCGGCCGGCAAGUCCCUGGCCUCGUGGACCGCCCAGCAAGGAAUUCAGGAAUGCCGGGAGGCGUGUGGGGGACACGGCUAUCUGGCUGUGAACCGCUUGGGGGUCCUCAGAGAUGACAACGAUCCCAACAGCACGUACGAAGGUGACAACAACGUCCUGCUGCAGCAGACAAGCAACUAUUUGCUGGGCCUCCUGGCGUGCCGGGUCCAGGAUGGAGCUUGCUUCCGCAGUCCGCUCAAAUCGGUGGACUUUCUGGACAGCUAUCCCAGCAUCCUUGACCAGAGGUUUGAGGUCUCCAGCGUUGCCGACUGCUUGGACUCCGCAGCUCCCAGAUGCUUCCCGCCCGGCGGUCUGGGUGAGAUUCACAGAAAGAGCAGGGCUAGAGCUGUUCCCACUUCCUCUGUGCCGCCUGCCUGUCCAAUGCCUUCCUCCCACCACAGCCCCAUCUGUCAACUGUGUGUCACAGAGAACAGCUUGAAGCCACAGCCAUGCCUCUGUCUCGCCUUUGCCUCACUCUGUGUUUGGUGAGCAUCUUUGCUUUGCUACCAAAGCACCUAUUUGUGCAGAAGAGAAGGGCCAAGAGGGGUCUUGAUGCCCUGUCUUGGAGGGCCACGUGGAAACCGACUGCUCCCAUAACGUGGAGACGUGGAAAAGCAGCCGACCCUCCUGAGUGAGAUGAUGGCUCCCGCCAGGCUGCCAGGGGUUGAUCCGGGUCCCUCCUCCUGCUGGCUGUGGAACCUACAUGAGUCCCUUGCCCUUCCUGCCUCGGUUUCCUCAUCUGCAGUGUGGGGAUAGGGAUGGUCUCCCCUUCAUAAGGUGUUUGUGCAGGCGACUGAGUCCAUGCGUGUGAAGCACUUAGUGCAUCACUGACACCAGAGCAGGGCUCAGCAGCCUUGGAGUCUGCACGGGAACUGUCCACAGGCUGCUGCACACUCAGCUGGGCAUGUGGAGCUGGGAUUUGGAGAUGGAGGACACUCCUGGCUUUGCAUUCAGAAGACCAGAAUGUGAGGGUCCUUGGGGGUUCUGGGAGGCCCCUGGAUCCUUGGGAGGAGGGAGCACAGGCCUCCCCCAUGCGGGGGACAGGCACACGUGGAGGACAUGUUCCUACCAUCAGGACUGACUCGUGGAUGCGGCAGCAGCCCCCAAGCAUGCGCCCAAGCCCGUCUCCAGCCCUGCAGACUGCUUCCCUGCUCACAGGGCAAGAACAGGACAGUAGUGGCUCUUUCUCCUGCCUGUGCCGUCAGCAUCGUCAUCGGGAAGCAUCUGCGUCACUGCUUUCUCUCGCGGUGGUGCACUGGGUUACAGCUUCUGACAGGAACUAGCCUUGCAGCUCUCAGCCUGCCUUUUUGGGUGCCAGUGGGAAACGGGCACAUUUGAUGACCUAUUUCUGGUGUUUGCAGGUCAUUUUCUAAGCUUCCCAAAUGUUGCUACAGAAAGAACUAGAAAAUGACCUAAUCUUUGUAGUAACUUCAACCCAACCAAAACCUUUUCCCUGAAACCAUCACUCAUAUUAAUAAAAUCAAAACACAGUACAGUGCAGCCAGCUUCUCCGUGCGCCUGUCACGCUCUGCUCUCCCCUCCCUUUCCCCUGAGACCGUGAAGGCAAAAGCAGUUUUGGAGUCUCUUCCAGCAUGGGGAAAGACCAAAGUCAUCUGGUUUUCCUGCCACUGCCCUAAUUUUUGCAAGAUGCAACAAAGUGGAAACAUCUUCUGGAGUAACAAAGGCAGAUGGCUUUGACUUGGUGGAAGGGGCAUGGGAGAGAGACCACCGUUCUCCCUCAGGCCGCAGGGAAGCCUGUGGGUGCAGCCUGCCCCUCAUCUCGGCUUGGUUUGGUCACAGACCCCAGAUCUCAGGCUGACUGCAGCUGCGUUGUGUGGAUCUUUGGUAAAGGGUCCACGUGGGGCCCUCGGGCUCUGCAGGGCUGGAGAGACGCAGGCCUUUUCCAGGGUUAUGGUCACCUGUGAGGAAGGGCGUAGGAUUUGCAAAGCCCAUGGCUGGUCUUUCAGGUCGUGUGAUUCUGACUUGCGUGGGGGAGGCUGGGUUUUCUGUUGAGUUCCUCUGAUGUCUGCACAGGCGCGUGUGCUGAGCCGAGGGUCACAGACAGCCCUGUGCCUCUGGGGCCUGCACUGUUGCUUCCUAAGGUGGGCCCUGUUCCCCUUUCGCUGGCUGGUGUGCAUUCGUAGUAAGCAGCUGCAGCAUUCACUCCUCGGACAUGUGUAUGUGUGGACUUCUAGGUCACGGGAUGUGGGCCAGAGGUCACAUGGGGCCGUGUGUGAACAGUGAGGUCACAUGGCAUGAGUGGUGAGGUCACGUGGAGUGCACAGUGAGGUGAGCAGUGGGGUCACGUGGGGUGAGCAAUAAGGUUACUUGGGGUCAUAUGUGAGCAGUGGGGUCACAUGGAGUGAGUGGUGAGGUCACAUGGAGUGAGUGGUGAGGUCACCUGGAGUGCACCGUGGGGUUCAUGUGAGGUCGUGGGGUGAGCAGUGAGGUUCCCUGACCUGGGCAGUGGGGUUCAGGGUGCAGACAGUGUUCCCAGAAGGUGGGAGCUCAGGCUCUUGGGUCAGUGCUAACCCCUGGUGUGACCUUGAACUAGGCUUUAAUCUCUCUGAGUCUGUUUUCCUUCUGCAAGACGGUGGGGAGGGAAUGCUGUGCCCUGUGCCGCCUGGCAGGGGUCAGCCCGUGUUGCCCUCAGUGGGGGUCUGCUGCAUGGGAGCGCACUUCCUUGGAAACAACAGAUGCAGGCGAGGUCUGCCUUGGUGGCUCAAGGAAUGCUUUCCACAAAGCCGGCACUCGAGGCGGGUCUUGGAGUGUCCCUGUAUUGUGCAUUUGGGGAGCACUGGCCGUUCAGGAGCACCAGAGGGGCGGGCGUGGUCAGACCCAGGCCAUGAUCUGGCUGAGGAGCUGGGGUCUCUGUCCAGGGCUUGCCUGGGUCAGAACCCAGGGGAGGAGUGCUCUGAUGGUGGCGCAGAGGGGAAACAGACCCGAAAGGCAGGCAGUGCAUGCAGAGAGCUCUCCAUGGGGCUAAGGGCAGAGCCCGGGCUGGGGAGGGGGCAGACCGAGGGACAGUCUUUGGGGGCACCUUCGAGAGCCUGUCUGGUGCGUGGCACAUGGAAAGGCCGUGGUGACCCAGGGUUCUGGGACAGCCUUGAGGACAGAGGUGGUUGAUGCUGCGUGUGCCCUCCGGCCUCCGGCAGCCGCAUUCCGACCAAGAGAACUCACUGUCCAUCAGGGCCCGUGUUCGGCCUAGUUCGUUUCAGUGAUAGUUUUUCACUUCCAAGUUAGCUCUGGAAAUCACACACAUGGCACCCACCUUUCAUCAUUUGCUUUCAUGUGGUUUUUGGGGAUCUUCUCAGCACGUGACCACAUCAGACUGAUGUGAUGUAUUUUUCAAGAAAAACCAAGAACUAAAAGAGUUUAAGGAAAAGCGCGAUGCAAACAUAACUCGUUUACCAAGCAUGCCUCUCCCUUGAAGCCCCCAGCUCGGGCUAACUGGUCAUUGACAUGAAGCCUCAUGGGUUAAUUCCGGUGGUGGAGAAAGACUGGAAAGUUCGGGUAACUGCAGUGAGGUGUCCACCGCAGAGGGACACCGCCUGGGGCCGUGUUCGGGAGCGGCCCUGACAAGCUGGGAGGGAAGCCCAGCCAUGGCUGAUGCGUGGUGGGACACGGGGGCCUCUGGUGUGGUCAGAAAGAAUGUGCACAAGCGGUUUCUGGCCCGGACCGUUUCCUUGGUUUCGUCGCUGUGUAAAUAAGUCAUGGAAAGCACAGCUGCACAGCGUCUACCUUUCCUUGCUGUUCGUGACCGUCCGCCUUGCUGGUGAAGGCUCGGGACGUGGCAGAGCCGUCAGGAAUAGGCAGUGGUCACAAGGGCCUUCCCUCGGCGUUGGUGGCAAAAUCGAC